AUGACGUACGUGACCGGGUUGCUUUGCGCACUCGGUGCAGCCUUCGCCUUUGGAGUUCAGUACGUGCCUGUCAAGAAGUACGAGAUCUUUGAUGGCGUGACCUUCCAGUGGUUUAUGUGUGCGGGCAUUCUUAUGGUUGGAUUUGUGUCGUCGCUAAUCUUCGGCAAUUUCGGCAUGGCGAACCAUGAGUGCCUGCUCAUUAUCGAGGGUGGCGCACUCUGGGCGCUUUCGAACUACUUGGUCCUGCCUGUGGUCAAGCUGCUAGGCAUCGGGCCGGGCUUCUCGCUGUACCACUUCGUCAACUUGGUCGUGGGCUAUGUCAUCGGUCGCUUCGGCAUCUUUGGCAUGGAGUCCCUCCGCGGCAACGUCAAGGUGUGCGAUGCUGGCUGCGGUUUAGUUCUCAUAUCGUUCAUCCUCAUGGUCUUCGUGGAGAGUGAGGAAGCGCCCAAGGGCGCCACCACGGCCGAGGGGGAUCAGGGCUUCCGAGAAGACUACCAGCGCUGGCGACAGGAUCAUGUCAAGGCAAGACGCCCCAGCGUUAUGGAGGCCGCCGGCAGCGUCUUGGUGUCGUACUCCACGGCAGAGCCGGGGGGGCACCUUCACUCCGUCGGUGGCUUCUCGGUCCUUCAGCCGCCGCGCCUCGUGGGCCUGAGUCACGCUGCUGCCGCUGACGCUGCGACGUCGGCGGUUGCUGAAGAGAACGGAGGCGCCAGCUGGGAGCUCCCUCCGCCCGCCCUUCGGACCCAGUGGCUCCUGGGCAAGACUCGGCCCUCAGCUCCUUCGUGCAAGCUGCGGAGGGCGACGCGGAGCCGACCACUGUCGCAGGCCGAGCCGGCAAGAAGUGCGUCGGCGUCGCUUUGGCGCUGCUCGCGGGCGGCCUCACGGGUGUGCAGAGCGUGCCGGCGGCGCUGUACAACCAGAAGUACUCGAGCGCGCCCGCGACGGACGUCGUCUUCCCGCAAUGCCUGGGCAUAUACGUCUGUAGCAGUUUUAUCUACCUGCUGUACGCCGCGGUGGCCAAGCUUGCAGGUUGGCGGGUUCCGCACUCGGCCAUUCGGCCCGCCUACGCCAGCGGCUGCAUCUGGGCCGUAG